UCAAAAUGGUCAAAAUGGUUUAAAUGAACAUAGUCAAAGUGGAAAUGGUCUUUCUCAUAAUCGUGCACUUCAUCGAGUAGCUCAAAUACGUAAAUUUAUUUUAACCCAUCGUCCAGCUACUACAUCGAUUCCGCCUUCACCAACUCUACCUUCACCAACUCCGCCUUCAUCAACUUUACCUUCUACAACAACUCCACCUUCACUUCAAACUUAG